UAAAGGGCUUUAGAUCCAUAAUAACACUAUCAUUACUGCUCACGCAUAUAAUUAAACUCUCCAAUUGUCUACCAUGGCGAAACGUUUGUGCGUGGCACUCUGUGUUAGUUUAAUUCCGGUGUCUUUCGUGUUUGCGGGACAUGUUGAGCCACCACGAGUCAGAUCGAGCGUUGCACGAGCUGCGCUUGCAUCGAAUAAAGCGGUUACCGGCUGGGGGGACGUAGCGGUUAACCCCAACGCCUUUUUGUCAGCAACAUAUCAUGGCUACCGAAUUAAUAUCUAUAAGACAGCGGAUGCUACCGCAACGGGGGCAGCGCAGUAUUUUUUUCCAGCGGCCUUGUUCAUCGACCCGAAUAGCGCCAAGAGCUACGCGAAUACUCUCCAAGAAAACCGAGCGGAAAUGAGUUUCUCGGUUCUUAUGUGGGACGACGAAUAUGAAGAGUUCAUUCGAGAGGCGGUGAGCAAAAGACUGGGCUACUGGAUACCAAAGGAGAGCGUUCGUGUGUUGCCCAUCGAACAAAUCCGCAUUGACGCUCUAGGUUUUGCACCGAGCAAAUACGAGAUAGUCAACAAUUGGGUGUCCUAUGCCGCACAGCCGUCGACCUUUGAAUUCCGAUUCAGCUGCAUAAACAAAGAAACAUGCGAUGGACUAGCUGAUCAAGUCAAGGAAAAUCCACAGUUGUUCGUUUAUGACCUGGAGAUUUCGUAUAGUUUAAUUAACGUUCGCAGUGCGUGUCGAAUUAUCCAAGUAAAAGCAGAGCAUGUGCAGGCCGGAAGACUGUUCAGCCAACUUAAAAAGCAGGUCCCCGAUACGGAUGUGGUGUACAUGACGGCCGAUGACCUCACUCAGAUGACCUUGGAAAUUGCCACCAAUGUUAUGGCGACCGAGGUUGUGGAUGACGAGUUCAUCGGACAAGACCAGUCACUGACCAUCACCAACAUCCUGGAAAGUUUAAUGCAAAUGAAACCAGAAUCUUCGGCAUCUUUCCAGGAGCAAAUGUGGAACUCAGUUUUUUGGCAAGAAGAGAACACCCGCCCCGACCGAGUCACCAGCACGCUGAACGAAUUCUAUGACAAAUCGGAUGACCAGAUGAAGGCAAAAAUAAGGGACGAGCUAGCCAAAAGUCAAAGCAGUAGUUCCAGCGGCGGUGGAAGCGUCAGCGUCGGCAUUCCUUUGGUUGUUGGUACCUCGGCAUCAAUGAACUUGGCCUUUGCGGAUUCCAACUCGUUCGCUAGCGAAUACGAGAAAGAGCAGUUCAUAGCCACCAUGGUCGAAGCCAGCAGCAAAAGCCACUGGAGCGGAGAACGGUUCACCGUUAAGCCGAUGCAACUCGUCCGCACCAAUAUCGCUCGUCUUCAAACUCCGCCACUGUGACCAGCGUUCAGGUACGUGUUGCCCGGUCGGCGGCGCAGCUAACAAGUCGCAUCAACCUGCUGGCGCAAUCAGUCCAAACAGCCGCGAACGUUAUUCCCACUGGAUCAAUUCAAAUGUUCUCCGGGAAUGACGUUCCAGUGGGCUGGCUGCUUUGCAACGGAACCACUAUUAACUGUAGCAAUUACGGGCGAUUGUGCCAAGUCCUGAGAACCAUCCCGUACAGUAACCAGGUCAACAUUUCAACGCCCGACCUACGGGGACGCAAUGUAAUUGGAGUUGGUGAUCUUGUAAAUCCUAUCCCCGGUAUCGGCUACCAUUAUUCCUUUGAUCUCGGCUAUCAGGGUGGCGCGUAUACUCACAGAUUGUUGGAAGACCAUCUACCGUCUCAUUCCCAUUAUUAUACGACACUUCGCACGCCGAGCGUUGCUAGUGGUCCAAGACAGUCGUCUGGAGAUUACAUGAAUUUAUAAAAUUAUCGAAGUGGUUAUUUUGCCGCAGUAUUUGCGGCAAAAUAGCCAUUAGCUAUUUUGCCGCACUAUGGUCGGUAUAAUAGCCUUUUGCUAUUUUGCCGCACACUGCGUUACAAUAGUCGUUAGCUAUUUUGCCGCCGUAUGGGUGGCAAAGUAGCCUUUCACUAUUUUGCCGCAGUUUCUGGUUAACAUUGAAUAAUUUUAGUAGCUGUUGAUAACUAUCCGUCUACGGAGAAAUCGGUAGCGUAGUGCUUGCGCUGCAGUGCUCUGGGAUUCCAUUUACGCGUGCAAACGUUCAUAGCAUCCACACGUCUGCUAGACGAUCAAGUUUUUAAUCCGUCCAGUAAGUUCCGUCUGGCGUAAAUUUUACCCACCCAAUGUUUUUUGCUUUUUUCAUCAAGAAUCGUCGGUUUUCUUUGAGAAUCGCAUCCGAGCGUUCUGGUUUUUGCGUUCAAUUACCACACAUUUGGUCUCCGGAGUACACAGUCCGGGUACUCCGGCCUGGUCACUGGAAAAUACUGCCCGACCGGGGUUUGAAAAAUCGGAUCAGUCGGGUCGAGUCGUCGUUCUUUUGCCUUAAAAAUCGAUUCCGCACUUCCGUCAACCGGCGAAACGGGUGCAACCCGGCGCGAACAGUGACGAGCGGUAAUGGUUUUGUCGGAUUGUCCGUCAGAAGGUUGGCCGAGCUCCCUGUCGGGCUCUGCCGCGUUGAUCAAAUCUAGUAUCCGUCCAUACUAAUUCGGACAAGGUGUUGCAAUUCAGGAAAUACAGGUUUUCCAGUUAGCGAAAGGGGCGGUUGGCUUAAAGUCGGACCUGUUGACAAUCCGGCACAUGAUAUCCGGACUGGAGAACUAGCUCUGAGAUACAUCGGCGACAGGCCACCGUGAAAAGCCUGGUGGUGACGGAAAAGAAGGCAGCCUCGGCGAAGGAACUUUCUGUCCCCCCCCCUUCCCCAGCUGUGCUCAGGGGUUGAGCCGACGGUUAUACGGCAGCCAACCAACGGCCAAGCCGAGCAGAAGCAGCUGCAGUCUAUAAUCGGGGAAGGCGAUUCACUCUCGUCUUAUUACCCUAACACGGAACCGUACGAACGACCUGCUGAGGACCAGUUUCUUCCAGAUCCUGCCGCGAUGCUCAUUGUCGCAUGUUGCAGGAAGUCUAGGACUAAUGUUUCAACGACGACACCGAUGAUACCGGCAAGACCUUUAACAAGACGACCCGGGCAGGACAGAAAAAUUUGUGGCGAAGUGGUAUGGAUCGGCUUAGGACUCUGCGGGGGCAAAUCCAUCCGGGCGGUGGAUCGUCCCGAGGAACGGUCCGUCGGACACGACGAAUCCAACCGACUUAGCGGAUCCGGGCGACGACUUCGACCCGUCCAGUAUGGCACGCCGGCCCGGUUUCGGAUACCAGCUUGGGACGCCACCUACUGGCUUUUUGACUGGAAUGCUGCCAAACCCCGUCUAACUGGUAUUUGGUGGCAUUCGUGCAGGCGCCCGGCAUGAUGCUGCAGCUAAGCAGGAUUUGCUCGGACAGCCGAUCGGCUCCAUAUAUCAGCUGGCCAUCAUGAUGCAGCAGCCUGACGUAGCGUUGCAAAAAUCCGUCACCACGGGAAAACAGUUUGCUUUGGCUGGAUUAUGACUCGACCUGGCACAGCGGCCAGCUGGCAGGGACCACUGGUCGGCCGCGGUUGCACAACAAGCCGAAGAUACAUACCGGCGACCCGAAAUGACAGUGCGGGAACUACAAACGUGCCACGGCGACUUACACGAACGGUGCGGCAUCCACCCCCAGUGCAAAUGCGGGAUCGGAUACAGAAUCAGGAGGAACGAUCGAAAGGCUGUGACAACCGGAUAAUCACAGUCAUGAACAUGACGAGUUAUAUCGAGGAAGACCGCAGCCGCCGAUAUAGAUUGGUCCGACCUCGAUAAGACGUAGGAGAAACGGAUUCAAGGGAAUUGAUCAAAGAGCGAUCGCGCCGCCGACAAAACAUAACUAGCCGUGAACGCGAGGUGAGGAGAGAGAGAGAGAGUGGGAAGCCAGAAUUAUUAGCACACCGGAUACAGCAGAAAGCGUGUCGGGGAACAAUGACCGCCGGAACGCCAGACAUGCUGUUCGUCGUAACAAUAGGCGAGACUGCCGAGCCGACGCUGAUGGAGAGCAGUAACACGGUCGACACUAACCCAGCCAAGCAACCGAGCGGGCACUAACCGGAACUGACAAAAAGUCACUGAAAUGGACAUGCUCGGCCGAGCGCUGGUGCUGACUACCACUCGGGACACGGAUUUAAUAAAAAUUUUGACAUAACCCAGAUUUUUUAUUUUAUGUUUACAUGAUCAUAAUUCCUCUCUUACAUCAUUUUAACCUUAGACUGCCAACAGGUAAGCGUUUAUUGACAAGCUACACCAGGAAACUCGAACGCCACCUGCAACACAAUACCUCCCGACCCGUCUACCGUGGUCGCCUUUCGUGCACCUAGAAUUUGUUUAAAAAUCGAGAUCAUCUCUUAGCUAAUUGGUGACAAGGCAAGUCUUUUUAACAUCCGGUACUGUCUCAAGAUUAAUAUCAUCUGGUUCUCUCCGAACCCCCGGGAGAUCAGAACUGCGACUCAGAAACACUGCCAAAAUGGGUGAGGACGCCUGUACCCGGGCAAGAAGGCGAACUGGUGGAGGUACUGGAUCAGGUUCUAAACUUCAAGGAUUAAAAGGACGAAGUCAACCCGCCGAAUCCAAAACCAAAGCCAGCUGCCCGGCGAUAACGUCAUCGCCUGUAGCCAGCAGGAAGGUGGACGGGUGGAUGGUGGAUAUUCAAUGAAGGUCAUCCACCUUUCUGCAAAGGCCAUCCACGUUUCUUAUCUUCCUUUCUGCCGAAAGUCAUCCACCUUUCUGUCGAUUGUCAAACAUGUCGAACUUUUGCUUUCUAAUCGUCUGCAUAAAAGUCAUCUUUGUUUCUGCGAAGGUCGUUCUUCUUUCGGCGGCACCUUUCUGCCGAUGGUGAUCCAACUUUCUGUAAAGGUCAUCAAUUCUUCUGUCUUCGGUUAUUUACGUUCGAUCCAGUUCCAUCCAGUUGUAGCAGCGACUAUCAAGCGGUUAAUGCGCGGAGAUGCUUUUAAUGCAGUCGUGCAACGCUUUUGCAAACCGUUUAUUUACUGAUGAAAGACGAUACCGAUUUUCGUUAAUAACAGCGCCAAAUAUUUUGAAAAAUGUCUGUUAAUUUUGCAAGAAUUAAGAGCUUUGUAUAAGAAGUCCAGCAGGAAGGCUAAGCGGUGGAACGCUUCUUGCAACCUGUGCAAAGCUAAAAACUAAUGAUAUUCUCUUAACUGAUUUUGUUGUUCGAACUGACUGAUGAUUGCCAAAUUCGUGUUUUUUGCUGCUCUUCCUUCAGUUACCUCAGUAACGCAAUUAUCGUCAUGUUUGAUUAAACCGCAUCCAACACUUUUUCUUGAACAGGUUUGUAUAAAAAAAUUUCGGCGCCUUUUUAACGAAUACUCGUAUGUCUGAUUCAGCGAAGAAGCUAAUAAUUUUCAAAAAUAAUCAGUAUCUUGUUAAAGAUUUUAUCAAUAAAUGAAAGAAUUGCAACAGCAUUAGAGCACUGCAAUACUCACAUUUCUGCGCAUUCACACACAUAAUUCACAGUAUAUAAUACAAGACAGACUCUAAUUUAUUUGUUUUUAUUGUCUUGUGCAGUGGGACGAAUGUCUCCUCUGGGCGCUUGACGGCCGCUCCCAGCAUAUUACUGCGGGAUUUGUUAUACAUAUGGCUGAAUAACUCCAAAUGCGCACCAUGGCGCCGACGCUGGUUCAAUCAUCAGCGGAUACUAUAAACCGCUUGGCAGAAAAGGAGCAUACGAUCAAUAAAAAGAUUAAAUUAUAUUGGUACGAGAGUUACAAGUAUUUACCAAAAAGGGUAGAAAUGACUGGAAAAUCAAUUGCAGUAAGUAAGCUUUAUACAGAUUAUCAGAAAGCAGAGAUUCAACAUCUUUGACAAGAAGGUGGAUGACCUUACAAGAAAGGUGGAUAACCUUUCCAGAAAGGUUCAUGACCUUUAAAAAAAGGUGGAUGACCUUUACAAAAAGGUGGAUGAGAAAGGUGGGUGACCUUUGCAGAAACGUGGAUGACCUUCACUGAACAGCCACCAUCCACCCGUCCACCAUCCUGCCGGCUACAAUCGCCGACUGGCGCGAGAUGGGCACCGUGAAUGGGCGAGUCAACAACGUGUCGGCCUCGCAGAAAAUUUUGAAAUUGGCGUAUCCGACCGUCGAUUCUACAAACCAAAUACGCCGCCGCCGUCCAGACACGCCGAAAUUUUGGAAAUCGACAUGUUUGGACGGCACGGACUAAGACGCGACGACACGCGAUCCCAGUAUUCAUUAUCGUGACCCGACACCCGCGAGAAUCAUCUACCAGAUGGAACACCUGGAGCCCAAGAAAAAGACGUUGAAGCUGCGGGACCUCUACGUUAUGUGGGAGGGCCUCCUGUGCCGUAAACUGGAUCAGCUGCAAGUUGCUGCGACGGUUUGUCGAGCCAAAUUUCAUGCGCUAAAACAUUAUCCAGUUCCUGCGCACGAGAACACGGCCAACUGCGUCGGAAUGAAGAAGACACUGGACGCGAUGCUACUGGGGCCACGUUUCGACGCAGGUUGACAAGUACUGUGUCACCUGUCUGAAGCGUAAGCACAGCAAGUCGCAUCGUUUGCGGACGCCGGGGAAAUUCCGAAAGUCAAAAAAAAGCGCCACGUUGAGCGGCAGAAGCAGACUAUGUGGGACGUUAUUUCAUGGAAAGCUGUGCUGAUGAAGUUUGACGUUGGCACAUGAAGCUGCCAUCGUGGCUACCGAUCACUUCGGCCGCGAUUCACUUCGGCCGUCAUUCAUUUCGCCAGCAAUUCACUUCGGCCCACGUAUCUUUGUGCGGAAAUUAGGGUUUGCCGAAACUUUUAAUGUGCCCCGUGUAAUCUAAGUUCUCGUUAUACGCAAAUUUUGAUUGAUUUAGUUCAUUUUGCACGCAAAUCUGUUUAAGCAGUUUUUGUAGUGUUACUGUAACCAUAAUGUUUCUCUUUUAAUGACAAGAAGUCACUGUCACAAUUGAGUACUGAGAACCUAACCGUAUCACACAUAAAAAAACAUAAGAAAUGAAAAUCUUCAGACUAGAGAUGG